AUGCGAGUGGGUUUAAAGAUUUCUUUUUGGAAAAAAUCCAAAUAUAUAGAACAGUCAGAGGUGCCUAAUUGUUUAAUAAAAUCACUAUCGCGCAUGUACCUACCUGCAACUAUAAUACAACUACUAAUAUUGAUACUAGGUUCUCACACAUUCAAGAAACACAACACAAAAUAUAUUAUAAAUGAGCCUAAAAAUGAUUUUAUGUACAAAAGUUACAAUCGCAUAAAUGAAAAUAGUGACUUUGUGUCUGAUUACAAUACCAACGAUGAAUUGAGUGUACCUCACGGAAUAACCGACCCUAUCCCUUCACAUUUGAAUUUUUUGGGGGAUAAAAGGGAAGCUGAAAUUAGGCAAACGUUGUGGGAUGAGCAAGUUCCUUUAGACAAAGUGUUGGAUCGCAUGGAUCAACUGCAGAAUCCUGAAAAGUAUAAUAAAUUGUUUGAGGAAUAUAUGACAACGGCUGUUACAACAAUAUCUUCCCAUCCAUCUAAGCCUACACGCAAUGAUAUAAGCACAGCAGAUGUUGAAAUUGAUGCAAAAAAGUAUAUGGAAAUAGGAAGUGAUAUUGAGAGUCAUUGUCCAGGUGAUAAUUUAGAGAGUGGAGAUUAUGAAAAUGAUGGAUAUAAAUCUGAAUAUGAAGAGUUGUUAUCCUUUGAUUUCUUUCACCUACACCCAUCGUAUAUAGAAUUUUUGGAGCAGCUAAUGGAAAAGAAGGCUAAUAAGGCGGCUGGGAUUGAAUCUAGUGAUAUAAUUACGACUUCAGAAUUAGACAAUAAAAUAAUAUCUAGUCAGUACUUCAACAAAGCGGCCGAGUUGGCUCUGGAUUUAAAUUGUUUGGUAGAAAAUGAAAUCACUAGUGUAAAGUGGAUAAUGGAAGCCAAAAAUGUGAUAGAGAAGGUGUUGGAGUCGCAUAAUUACAAAUUGGAGUCAAUAAAGUGGAGCUGUGAUACGAUUUACAUUUUACUCAAACACAAGAAUUUGUAUGAAUCAGAGACCGAGGCACUGCAAAAUGAGUUGCAACAUGAGAUUCACAAGCUGAGAUUCAAGUUUUACAUACCAAAAAUAGAAAUGCUUGGUAUUUUUCUCGAAACAGAACCGCUCACAGAUGUAAACUAG